AUGGAAAGAAGAAACUUUUUCUUCGCACUGGUGAUUGUCUCCAGUAUUCAAGACAUAUAUUCUACAGACAAAAUAUUUACUUGCGGUUUUCUCAGAGGAGAUCGAGGAGAAUUUGAAGAAAUUUUAGACACUGUCAUUAACAAGACAUCGAGUUUGAGCAAUAUCUCACUGGUGUUAAAUAAGUACAACAUUUCAAAAAACACGAACCUUUUCAGUCAAGCUUUAGCGUUUCUUCAAGAUAAUGUGAUUGCACUUAUUGAUGAAAGUGACAGCCACUCGCGCGCAUGCGCAUUGUCCACAGUGACGAACAUUCCUCUUGUCCGUCUCCAUGACAAUAAAGGACCCUUUGAGCAAUGUGAAAAAGCGAUUCAGAUGUCAGCAGGAUACAAAGACUACGCGCAUGCCACACUCGACCUACUAACUGCAUUUGGAUGGGGAAGCGUGGUGCUUGUGUUUGAUGACGACAGCUUUCACGAGGCGGGGUACUUUCGCACGCUGUCAAGAAGAUUUAAGCUGGUGGUGGGUCUGGUCAAAUUUUCCCAACUGGGCGAAAAUGGAGAUUCAAGGACAGGAGUACUAAGAACGAUGGACGAAAUAAGAUUCUAUAAAGCUGAAGUUAUUCUGCUUUACGUUAACAAGGAAAAUAUGGAGUUUAUGUUAAAUCAGACGCCGUGCCCACAUAAAGAUGGAAUUAUUUAUAAAUGGAUUAUACAAAGAGAGGUUCCAUUGAAUUUAACUUCCCACCAGUCCAAUAUUGUCAUAGCAGUGAAGUUAUCAUACGUUCCGACCCCAGCAUCAGAGGAAUUAGAAAACCUACUACACAUCCAUAGUGAUACUAACAAGGAUCUCCUUGCUGUUGCCUAUGAUGCAGUCCAAGUUAUAAACCAGGCAGUCAAUGAUCAAACUUGUUUGUCAAUCAACGGGUCCUCAGUGCAUCCAGAAGAUAGAGCAGCCGUGUUACUUUGCAUGAGAGGGGUUGGUAUGGAUGGUUUAACAGGCCCAGUCCAUUUUGAUGAUUAUGGAAAACGAACAGGAAUCAACCUCGAAAUUAUAAAUCUGCGGGGCAACUCUUUCACAAAGGUAGGCACAUGGAAUUCAACCAUGAAAGCAGUUAUAUUUGGAAAUAUCUCGCAAAACCUGGUGACACCGCUAGGAGCAGGAAGUUUGGAAGGGAGAAGGCUCAGAGUUGUAGUUGCAGAGUCUGCCCCCUUUAUGAUGAGCAGGAAGAAAGAAAAUGGCGAAGUUUUUUAUACAGGAUAUUGCAUUGAUUUGCUCAAUGAACUGGUGAGGAAUCUCAAGUUUACCUACGAAAUCUAUUUCACUCCGGAUGGAUUUUAUGGCGCUGAAACUGACAAUGGAACUUGGAAUGGGAUUAUUGGGGAGCUGUUAUACAAGAAUGCUGAUAUGGCUGUGGCAGAUCUAACUAUCACUGAACAUCGAGAGACAGUUGUUGACUUCACAGUUCCUUACAUGUACUACACAGAGGAAAUGUUGCUGAAGAAGACAUCUUCCGAUGGAAAAGUUGACCUUCUACAGUUCAUGCAUCCUUUUGACAAUUACGUCUGGUUUGCUACUCUCACCAGCCUGUUCAUCAUCUCUAUUGCUGUGUUUGUAAUAAAUUACUUUAGUCCUUAUGGAUACAAAGAUGAAAAUGGCCAAGGAACAUCAGAGGAGUUUAGUUUCUUCAACAGUGUGUGGUUUGCUUUGUCUUGCAUGCUACAGCAAGGGGCCGACAACUCACCCCGUAGUUUGUCAGGUCGCAUUCUCGCUAGCUGCUACUGGUUCACCAUCCUGAUAUCUGUUUCAACAUACACAGCUAACCUUGCGGCCUUCUUUACGGUAAAAAACGCAGAAAGUCCUAUUAAUAACCUCGAAGAUAUCGUGAGGUCUUCGUAUCAAGUAGGGGUAGUGCAGUCGUCAAGCACCUAUGAGGCAUUCAGAAGAAGUCAAUACGAGACAUAUCAAACGAUCUGGCACCGAAUUAAAGCGGCAGAUAACGUGAUAAAGAGUUCUGGAAAAGCUGCUCAGCUUGUACGAGAAAGAGAAGAGUUCGUGUUUAUUGCAGAUGGGCCAGGACUCCGUCAUGUCGCAAAUCAACCACCAUGUGAUCUCACAGUUGUUCCAGGUUUGACGACAGCUAAGGGACUUUCGUUGGCUUUGCAAGCGAAUGAUCCACACACUGCAGAUUUCACUCUGGCAAUUUUACGUCUUCACGAGAAUAACUUCCUGGAAACGUUGAAACGAAAAUGGUGGGAUGCUGGUAAUGGAUGUCCUGAGGAACAAGAAACGGCUUUGUCUCGCAAGCGUAUCGGCCUGCUGAGCAUGCUGGGAGUUUAUGUUGUCCUUGGUGUUGGUAUCGUGAUUGCAUUUCUGACGCUGUUUGUAGAGAUCUUCUGGAGCAGGAAAGGGAAAAAAAUAAACUUGCUGAAAGAAACAGGAAGGUUUGUUACCAGAAAAUGGAAAAGGCCAAAGAUCAACUCUAUACAGGUCCUCCCGAUAGAUGACUCAUUGGCUGGCCUAUGACUGCUUGCGUCAUUUUUUUCUUUCGCGCAUGCAUUCCUUAAUUUGAAGUAUAUCAAUGACAUCACAUCUGACUAAGGUCUCAUAAAUGUGUUAUUUCACAACCUGCUGUUGUUUAAGUAGGAAGGAAGCAUUAAACUGGGCAUAGUAAAGCGAAUACCUUAAACGACCAGUCUCCCCGCCGUUAAUUAUUACUACACAAUCCUCGAAA